AAUCUUUGAUAUGGUUCCUCAAUUUGUCUGGAGUCCAGCAACAUAGUUAUCUCUGGAGCACUUUCGCCCAUCGUAGUCCUUACUCCUUAGGUGGAUGAAAUGAAUUAUUUUAGUACUGCACCCAGCAGAUACACAGUUUUUUGUUCAUUCUGGAAGAUUGCACUGGAGAUGACAUGCAAAACAAUCAGGGUACUGCACAGAAUGUGCUUGCCUUCACCGCCACCCAUCAGUAAACUUAUGGCUUGAUUACAACAGCCAUGAAACAAGACAGACCAUCAAGAUCAUAGGAUCUUGUGACGAGAUGAAUACAACUAGCUCCAUCCUACUAGUCAUAUGAAUUGAUCUUUUCGUGUAGCAGUGAUGCAUUAAUCCCAAGCAAACAAGGGUUUAACUCUAUUACUGCCUUUAAGUCCUGCAUGGAGAUGGAAUUUGUCUCUGGAGGUAUAACAGAACUCUGCCCAGGAACAUGGUUAUGCACUGAUACACCAUUUAUUAGCUUUCGGCACAGCUGCUGCUUCAAUGUCUCAUGCCUUAGUUUGCCAUGUCGAGACCUUGCUCUAACUAAUUCAAUGCAAGAUCCAAUUAACUGCUUCAUGAAAACAUCAAUGCCAUUAUUCAACAAAUUAGCACACUCUAUCGAGACCCCUUCCAACCCAUUUGCUCCUGCCACUUCGUCUGUCCUUUUCUUCAUUGACAAAGUAUCACAGAGUUCACCAUCUUCAAUACAAGUAUCAGAGGUAUCCUUUGAACUCACAGAAGCAAGGGGUAAAGGUAUUUGGGCCACACCAAAACUGCCAUGACGUAACUGAAUGCCAAGUGGUGCUUGAAUGACCAAAGACUACUCAAGUGAAAGAUGACAUUUUCUAAGCCAUGUCCUAAUCAAGCAGUAGAUGGAUACUAAGUUUCAGUCCCAGUAGUGGAAAUUAUUUGUUAUUCAGAAUCAAGUACCGGCGGCCGGAGAUCGACUGAUGCAUGAGAGUGCUUUGUGGUGGUGGUGCUCCUCCCAUGGUUAUCGAUCGACAGGUGGUCUCGGAGGUGGUGUCCACGUUCCUGCUGGUGUUCGUCAUGUGCGGGGCGGCAGGGAUCUACGGUAGCGACAAGGACCGCAUCUCGCAGCUGGGGCAGUCGGUCGCCGGCGGGCUCAUCGUCACCGUCAUGAUCUACGCCGUCGGCCACAUCUCGGGCGCGCACAUGAACCCCGCCGUCACGCUCGCGUUCGCCGUGUUCCGCCAUUUCCCCUGGAUCCAGGUACGCGACAAUGAGUCCAGGAUCUGGCCGUCGUGGCCCUCCUCGGAGCGAGGGCAGUGGAGGCAGCAAUGGGGAACCGGCGAGGAGCGGGGGCGGUGGAGGCAGCAAUGGGGAACCGGUGGCGGAGGAUCCAAAUGGGGAGGGGAGAUGAAAGAAGGGAGAGAGAAGGGGAUGGUGGCCUCACACGAGGGUUCCAAAGUGAAAGAAGCUGGUCGUCGGAUGGCCGCGUGA